UUUAGGUCAGCAGGGCCACAGAAAGAGAUGGAAGAAAAACCCAUUUAUUUGAUUUCUGUCAUGAACGUGUUUGUUCUAGCAUUCCUCUCUCUGCCAGGGCUUCAAGGUCAGGGGGGCUGGAGCGUGACUUACUCUCCCUCACAGAUCUGUGCCAUAAAGGGCUCAACAGUGGAAUUAAAAUGCACAUAUCCACCCAAAAUAAAUGAUACAGUUAUAGUGGUUCAAAACAUACAAUGGUUUACCAAAGGGACAAAUGCUGCUCCUGUAAAUCUGAGAAAGGACCAAAACUAUGCAGGUCGGGUUGAGUACAGAAAUGGCUGCACUGUGAGAAUCAGGGAUAUUAGAGAAACGGACUCAGCUGUCUACAAGAUAAGUCUUAAAACAAAUUACCAUCAGGGAUCAUAUACUGCCGUUCCAGGGGUUAGCUUGUCUGUCUCUGGACUCAAGCUGCAUGUGAUCAAAUCAGAGCGCAGACAGAAUUAUAUUUGGACACAGAUGAAAUGCAACAGCAGUUGUCUACCUGAUCAACAUCCCUACAUCUGGAUUAAGAACGGGAAUGAAACUUUGGCGGGGACCUCCUCAUUUUUUCAAUACACAUUCUGUGAUACGGAGCGCAUUUCAUGUGCUGCAAAAGGAUAUGAGAAGUUCCCCUCUCCAUCAGUGUAUGCACCAAGGCCCCCGACUGUUUCACAUCAUCCACUAGGGGAGGUGGUGGAGGGAAGCUCUGUGACUUUGGUUUGUAACAGUGAUGCUAAUCCACCUGCUACCUACAAAUGGUACAAGGAGGAUGAACCAGAUCCAUGCAGCAAAGAGUCAAAGCUUGUUUUCAAAUCAGUUCAGUCCUCUGACUCUGGAAAAUAUUCCUGCAAAGCUGAAAAUGUGCUAAACAUGACAUCAGAGGAUAUCAUAUUGGAUGUAGAAUAUGCUCCAAGGCUUCCUGUGGUGUCUUUGGUUCCCUCUGGUGACAUUGUGGAGGGCAUGUCAUUGACACUGACCUGCAGCAGUGAUGCCAACCCUGUAGCUAAUUACAGCUGGUUUAAAGAAAAUGAAAAAUGGCCACAGUAUUCAAGACAAAACUUCACCAUUGCAGAUAUAGGACAACAACACAGUGGGCUUUAUCACUGUGAAGCCCACAACAGGAGAGGAAGUCUCAAAUCUUCUAUACAUUUUACUGUUGCUGAAAGUGACAUCAGUAUACCAGUUCGGCCAGAUCUUCUGACAUAA